UGAAGUAGCAGAUGUAGAAAAAAAGGAAAAAAAUGUCUCCAGUUAAAUUCUUGUUUACGUUCCUCUUCAUAUCCAUCAUAUUAUGGCUGCUCUUUAUAUUUGCUUCCAAAUUAGCCGCGUGGAUUUUGAGCCGGACUAUAAAAGCAUCAGUGGCGUUUAAAGUUAGUGGAUGGAAAUGUUUGAGGGAUGUUACAAUCAAGUUCGAAAAGGGUGCUGUUGAAUCUGUUUCUGUUGGUGAAAUCAGAUUUAGUCUACGACAGUCCUUGGUUAAACUUGGGGUUGGUUUUAUGUCCAGGGACCCAAAAUUGCAAUUGUUGAUAAGCGAUAUAGAAAUUGUUACAAGGACUUCAGCACAGAGUCCAAAGAAAACAGAGUCACGGAAAUCCCGCAUAUCUCGCAGUAGUCCAGGCAGAGGAAAGUGGAUGGUUGUGGCUAAUGUGGCAAGAUUCUUAUCAAUCUCCGUGACAGAUUUGGUUGUAAAGACACCAAAAGCUACUGUAGAAGUUAGAGAUUUGGGAGUUGAGAUAUCGAAAGAUGGUGGUACAAAGCCUUCCAUCCUUGUGAAGUUGCAACUUUUGCCUGUAAUUGUUCAUCUGGGUGAUCCGCGUAUUAGCUUUGAUCAAUCUUCUAGCUUUACAAAUGGCGAAAGCUUUAGUGCGGUACCGACAUGCUUUGCAACAAUAGAGAAAGCUUCUGCUCCUUUUGUUUGCGAAGAAUUUCAUCUCUCGAGUGAGUUUGCUCAUGAUAGAGAGGCAGGUAUUGUAGUAAAAAAAGUGGACAUUUCAAUAGGAGAAAUUGCUCUGAACCUAAAUGAGGAGUUGAUUUCCAGAAAGAAGUCAUAUGGUAGCCAAGUUGAGGAAGUUUUACAAUCAAACAUUGAAUACAACAUUCCCAGAAAGCAACAACAUAAACGAGCUCCUCUUUUGGCUAUUACCAAGUACACUUCAUUCAUCCCAGAAAAGGUUUUUCUCAGUUUGCCAAAGUUGAAUAUGAGAUUUGUGCAUAAAGAACACUCUAUUGUUUUGGAGAAUAACAUCAUGGGGAUCCAGUUUAAAAGUGUGAAAUCCCGAUUUGUUGAAGAUAUUGGAGAAAGCACACGUCUUGAUGUUCAGUUAGAAUUCAGUGAGAUCCAUCUUCUUAAAGAAGCUGAAAAGUCUAUGGUGGACAUAUUGAAGCUUGCUGUUAUUUCCUCAGUUUACAUUCCAUUACAGCCUACAUCACCUAUUAGAUGUGAAGUCGACGUAAAGCUUGGGGGCACCCAAUGCAACUUCUUUAUGGGAAAACUGAAGCCAUUGAUGAAUUUGAGCUCCCCGAAGAAGAAAAAUAUUGUGCUUCAAGAUGAAAAUGCUAAUCUGGCAACUGUCCAAUCAACUGGUUCUAAAGCCAUUCUGUGGACAUGCACAGUUUCAGCUCCUGAGAUGACUAUUGUGCUUUUUGAUUUGAGUGGUUUGCCUAUUUAUCAUGGUUGCUCACAGUCCUCACAUGUCUUUUCCAACAACAUAUCUAGUACAGGCACUGCAGUUCACUUAGAACUUGGAGAACUGAAUUUGCACAUGGCAGAUGAAUAUCAGGAAUCUUUAAGAGAAACCCUUUUUGGCGUGGAAACAAAUACAGGUUCAUUGCUGCAUAUAGCAAAAGUUAGCUUGGAUUGGGGCAAAAAGGAUAUAGAAUCACCUCAAGACGACACAUCAAAGUUCAUAUUGGUUCUGUCUGUUGAUUUAACUUCCAUGGGUGUGAACUUAACAUUCAAGCGUCUUCAGUCCUUGCUAUCAACUGCUUUCUUGUUUAAGACAUUGUUGAAAAACUCAUCUCCAUCUAUUAAAACAUCUGCACAAAGUCGAGUUGGGCAGUCACCAAAAUCUUCUGGAAAAGGGAUUCAGUUAAUAAAAUUAAAUCUAGAAAGAUGCUCUGUUCAUCUUGUCAGUGAUAUAGGCUUGGAAAAUGAAGUUAUUGAGGAUUCGAAACGAGUGAAUUAUGGAUCACAAGGUGGGCGUGUUCUUGUAAGCGUCUUGGCUGAUGGGACGCCACGUACUGCAAAAAUUGCAUCGACGGUUUCAAAUGAGCACAAAAAAGUAAAGUGUAUUGUAGGCUUAACUAUUUUUCAUUUUAGUUUGGGCUUAAACAAGGAAAAACAGUCCACUCAAGUUGAGCUUGACAGAGCUAGAUCUGUAUAUCAUGAAUCUCUAGAAGACAACAAUUCUGGCACAAAAGUGACAUUAUUUGACAUGCAGAAUGCAAAGUUUGUUAGGCGAGCUGGUGGUCUAAAAGCGAUAGGUGUGUGCUCUCUUUUUAGUGCCACGGAUAUUACAGUCAGGUGGGAGCCAGAUGUUCAUUUGGCAUUGGUUGAUCUAGCAUUGCAAAUGAAGUUACUUAUCGACAGUCAGAAGGCAAUAUAUAGCAGUAGAGAUAAAGAAAAAGAACUUGUAAAAGAAGAAUCUUUAGGAUCAUUACAGUCGGAAAAGAAUAAAAGAAAAAAGGAAUCUCUUUUUGCUAUCGAUAUUGAGAUGCUUACUGUAACUGCUGAAGCUGGUGAUGGUGUUGAAGCAAUGGUUCAAGUUCAGUCAAUUUUCUCUGAGAAUGCUCGUAUAGGUGUACUUUUUGAAGGGCUGAUGCUAAGUUUUAACUCUACCAGAGUCUUUAAAAGUGGUAGGAUGCAAAUUUCCCGCAUACCGAAUGCAAAAUCUGAGUCGGAUGUCAAGUGGGAUUGGGUGGUUCAAGCAUUUAAUGUACACAUUUGCAUGCCAUACAGAUUACAGCUUCGCGCUCUUGAUGAUUCCAUUGAGGAAAUGUUGCGAGCUUUAAAGCUUGUUACUGCUGCUAAAGCAAAAUUAAUAUUUUUAAAAAAAGAAGACUCUGCAAAACCCAAGAAGCCUAGCUCCUCGAAAGUUGGUUGUGUAAAAUUUUAUAUACGUAAGCUGACUGCUGAUAUCGAGGAGGAACCAUUACAGGGUUGGCUUGAUGAACACUAUCGCCUAAUGAAAAAUGAGGCCCGUGAAUUGGCUGUUCGGUUUACUUUGCUUGACUCAAUGAUUGCAAAAGCGGCCCAAUCUCCUGCAGUUGCCGAUGAAGAUGAUUCUGUUCACAAAGGCAUGUUUCAAGUUAACGGAGAGGAGAUUGAUUUGCAGGAUACAUCAUCAGUUGAAAAACUCAAGGAAGAAAUUUAUAAACAGUCGUUUCGGUCUUAUUAUCGGGCAUGUCAAAGUCUUGUGACAACAGAAGGAUCAGGUGCUUUCCAGGAUGGAUUUCAGUCGGGUUUUAAGCUUAGCACCUCGAGAACAUCUCUUUUUUCUAUAACUGCAACAGAGCUUGAUUUAAGUUUGUCAGCGAUUGAAGGGGGUGAUGCUGGGAUGAUAGACUUUGUACAGAAGCUUGACCCAGUUGCUCUGGAAUUUAAAAUUCCAUUUUCUCGACUAUAUGGAUGUAACCUUAAUUUACAGGCGGGCUCUCUUGCUAUUCAGUUAAGAGACUAUACUUUUCCCCUUCUUGCUGGAACCUCUGGUAGAUGUGAAGGUCGGGUUGUUCUUGCUCAACAGGCCACACCUUUUCAACCUCAAGUUCUGCAUGAUGUUUAUAUUGGUAGAUGGAGGAAGGUGCAAAUGUAUCGUUCACUUAGUGGCACAACUCCACCAAUGAAAACAUAUUUGGAUUUGCCUUUGUUUUUCAAAGAAGGGGAAAUAUGUUACGGAGUAGGUUUUGAACCAGCUUUUGCUGAUUUAAGUUAUGCCUUCACAGUAGCUUUACGCAGGGCCAACUUAAGUGUCAGAAACCCAAAUGCUUCCAAUAUUACACCUCCCAAAAAGGAAAAAAGUUUGCCAUGGUGGGAUGACAUGAGAAAUUACAUUCAUGGAAAAACCACAUUAUGUUUUUCUGAGAGCACAUUUAAUAUUCUUGCUACAACUGACCCAUAUGAAAAAUCAGAUAAACUCCAAAUAACUUCCGGAUAUAUGGAGCUCCAACACUCUGAUGGGCGUGUAUAUGUUUCAGCAAAAGAUUUCAAGAUGUUCACCAGCAGUUUAGAGAAUUUGCUAAGAAAUUCGUCAAUUAAACCACCCUCUGGUACAUGUGGUGCUUUUUUAGUGGCUCCUAGCUUUGCUCUCGAGGUUACAAUGGACUGGGAAUGUGAAUCAGGAAAUUCGCUCAACCAUUACUUGUUUGCACUUCCUUCUGAACGUGUCACUCGCGAAAAGAUAUUUGAUCCAUUCAGAUCCACUUCUCUAUCAUUGAGGUGGAAUUUCUCUCUCAGGCCCAUCCUCAGCAAUGGUAAUGUCGCAUUUGAUGCUGCUUUGCAUGACCCCUGUAGAUUGGAGAAUGAUUCAUUUAGUUCACCAUCUCUAAAUGUUGGCCCUCAUGAUUUUGCUUGGCUCAUAAAUUUUUGGAACUUGAACUACAUUCCGCCUCAAAAGUUACGUUACUUCUCCCGAUGGCCUAGAUUUGGUGUCCCAAGAGUCCAGAGGUCUGGUAACUUGUCAUUAGACAAAGUCAUGACAGAAUUUAUGUUCCGAGUUGAUUCAACUCCAACUGUUUUAAGGCAUAUGUCAUUGGAUGAUAAUGAUCCAGCUAAAGGGUUGACUUUUAAGAUGACAAAGUUAAAAUUUGAGAUGUGUUACAGUCGUGGGAAACAAAGGUAUACAUUUGAUAGCAAGCGUGAUAUCCUUGAUCUUGUCUACCAGGGUCUUGAUCUUCAUAUGCCUAAGGUAUUUCUGAAUAAAGAUGAUUGCACAAGUGUUAUCAAAGUUGUCCAAAUGACAAGAAAAAGCUCAAAGUCUUCAUCUACGGAAAGAAUUGUUAAUGAAAAUGGUGGAAAUGUUAGAGGAACUACUGAACGCCAUCGGGAUGAUGGAUUUUUAUUGUCAUCUGAUUAUUUUACAAUUAGAAGGCAAUCACCAAAAGCAGAUCCUGCUAGAUUGUUGGCAUGGCAAGAAGCUGGUAGAAAAAACCUUGAGAUGACAUAUGUUAGAUCGGAAUUUGAAAAUGGAAGUGAGAGUGAUGAACAGGCAAGGUCUGAUCCGAGUGAAGAUGAUGGAUAUAAUGUGGUGAUCGCUGAUAACUGUCGGCGUGUUUUUGUUUAUGGACUGAAGCUAUUAUGGACGAUUGAGAACAGAAAUGCUGUUUGGUCAUGGGUUGGUGAGUUAUCUAAAGCAUUUGCACCUUCAAAACCUUCCCCUUCACGUCAGUAUGCCCAGAGGAAGCUUCUAGAAGGAACCCAAGUGCAAAGUAAAAAUGAAUCACUUCAUGAAGAUGUCUUGAAGAACGCUUCUGUUGGUCAAGGUGCAAGUUCUUCCAAACCAAAGGAGCCAUCUGGAUUGGAUUCUUCUCUAACAAAUUCAACCAAAAUAGGGAGUCAAUCAUUUGGUGCUAUUGACAAACAUGGAUUUGAUGACUCUGACGAAGAGGGCACUCGACGUUUUAUGGUAAACGUUAUCGAGCCGCAAUUCAACCUUCACUCCGAGGAUGCCAAUGGUAGAUUUUUGCUAGCUGCUGUUAGUGGGCGAGUUUUAGCUCGAUCAUUCCAUGCAGUUCUCAAUGUUGGUAUAGAGAUGAUCAAACAAGCACUUGGCAGUGGAGAUGUAAAUAAUCCUGAAUUGACAUGGAACCGCAUGGAACUAUCAGUGAUGUUGGAACACGUGCAGGCUCAUGUGGCUCCAACUGAUGUUGAUCCAGGAGCUGGACUUCAGUGGUUACCGAAGAUUCGUAGAAGUUCCCCAAAAGUAAAGCGUACUGGCGCUCUACUUGAACGAGUAUUUAUGCCAUGUGACAUGUACUUCCGUUACACCAGGCAUAAAGGUGGAACAACAGAUUUAAAGGUUAAACCUUUGAAAGAACUUGCCUUCAACUCUCAAAAUAUAACAGCAACUAUGACAUCUCGUCAGUUUCAAGUUAUGCUUGAUGUUUUGACCAAUCUACUUUUUGCCAGGCUUCCCAAGCCUCGAAGAAGUAGUCUUCCUAAGUCACCAGAAGAUGAUGACGACAUUGAGGAAGAAGCAGAUGAGGUGGUUCCUGACGGUGUUGAAGAGGUAGAGCAAGAACGAGUCAACCUUGAACGGAAAGAGAGGGCCCGGAACUUACUUUUUGAUGAUAUCCGGAAGCUAUCUCUUUUCACAGAAGCUUCCGGGGAAGUGUAUUCUGAAAAAGAUGGAAAUCUUUGGGUGAUAACAGGUGGUAGAUCCAUAUUGGUGCAAAGAUUGAGGAAAGAGUUGGUAAGUGCACAAAAAUCUAGGAAGAUGGCAGCUGCUUCUUUGAGGAUAGCUAUGCAGAAAGCUGCACAAAUAAGACUUAUGGAGAAAGAGAAGAAUAAAAGUCCUUCAUGUGCUAUGCGCAUAUCUUUGCAAAUUAAUAAAGUGGUUUGGGGGAUGCUUGUGGAUGGGAAAUCUUUUGCCGAGGCCGAGAUAAAUGACAUGAUAUAUGAUUUUGACAGAGAUUACAAGGAUGUUGGUCUCGCUAGGUUCACAACAAAGUACUUUGUUGUCAGAAAUUGUCUGCCUAAUGCCAAGUCGGAUAUGCUUCUCUCAGCAUGGAAUCCUCCCCCUGAAUGGGGAAAAAAGGUAAUGCUUCGAGUAGAUGCAAAACAAGGAGCUCCAAAGGAUGGCAACUCACCGAUCGAGUUAUUUCAGGUUGAUAUAUACCCAUUGAAAAUACAUUUGACCGAAAUGAUGUACAGAAUGAUGUGGGAGUACUUCUUCCCAGAAGAGGAGCAAGACAGUCAACGGCGCCAGGAAGUUUGGAAGGGGUCAACUACUUCUGGUUUACGCCGAGCAAAAAAAGGUUCCAUAGUGAAUGAGGCUUCUGCAUCGAGCAGUCACUCAACAAAAGAAUUAGAUGGAUCUUCCAGACCUAACCCUUCUACACUACCAUUAACAUCUGGAAGCAAUCAUUCCUCCACCCAUUCUGAUUCAGUUCAUGGAUCACAGGGGCAGAAUGGGAAAAACGCAGCACCCGAGUUAGGACGAACUUCUUCUUUUGACAGAACAUGCGAAGAAUCUGUAGCAGAAUCUGUCACUAAUGAACUUAUGCUACAAAUGCAAUCUUCGAGUUUUGCUCCAUUGAAGAUUGAUACUGUUGGAAGUGUUGACCAACAAGAUGAAUCAAAUAAAACUAAAUCUAAAACAGCUAAAACAGGCCGUUCAUCUCAAGAAGAAAAGAAAUUGAGUAAACCAAAUGAAGAGAAAAGGUCCAGGCCAAGGGUAAUGAGGGAGUUCCACAAUAUCAAGAUAAGUCAGGUUGAACUACUAGUGACCUAUGAAGGUUCUAGAUUUGCUGUAAGCGACUUAAGGUUGCUUAUGGAUACUUUUCAUCGUGAAGCCUUCACUGGAACUUGGAGAAGACUAUUCUCAAGAGUUAAAAAACAUAUAAUUUGGGGGGUUCUUAAAUCAGUUACAGGAAUGCAGGGUAAGAAAUUUAAAGACAAGUUACACGGGCAAGGGAAAGAAACUGUCUCUGGUAUCCAUACCACCGACCUGAAUCUCAGUGAUAGUGAUGGUGGUCCUAGUGGUAAAGCGGACCUGGUUCCAAUAACUUGGCCUAAACGGCCUCCUGAGGGUGCAGGGGAUGGAUUUGUGACCUCAAUCAGGGGAUUAUUCCAUUCUCAGCGUCGCAAAGCCAAGGCAUUUGUGUUGCGGACAAUGAGAGGUGAGGGAGAGAAUGAUCAUAUGGCUGGUGAUUGGAGUGAAAGUGAUUCAGAGUAUUCCCCCUUUGCUAGGCAACUAACCAUAACAAAAGCUAGGAAGCUCAUAAGACGCCACACGAAAAAGUUCCGAUCCAAGAAAGGUGUACCUCUACAACAUAUAGAUUCAUCGCUUCCAUCUUCACCUGUAGAAACCACACCAUAUGAAAGCAACUCUUCGAGUGGAUCUGAUAUCUACGAGGAUUUCCUUGAAUACAGGGCUGCCCAAGAAAAAUCACAACCUUUACCUUGAGCAGAACCCAGAAAACAAACAUCUGUACUUUAUUGCAACGCCUUACCAAUCCUAACACGAGCCAGCGAGACAUUUGGACCCCGGCUCCAUUGGCAAGGCUGAGUUUUUGUAUGAUCAUUUUAAAGCAGGCUCAACAGUUGGUGUAGAUAUAGAAUUAUCGUUUAUGAGUUGUAUAUAACAUUUGGCUCUAAGCUCCAGUAAGUUCUAUGGUUAUUUGUAUAUUUGAUCUGGAAAUAAAGUCAUGUUUCAGAUACACACUAUAAGUUAAAUCUAACUUGAUCUCAAAACACUUGUCUAUAGUAAAUGUACAUGUAUAUUAGUAUAUACAAUUCCCUUCUAUCCA